ACCCACAAAGGGGCAGAAGAAGAAGAGGAGGAGGAGGAGGAGAGGCUCGUUGGGUUAUUCGACAUGAACGUUGAGCUGAACUGAGAAGCUGAGACCGGAAGAGUUCUGCUGCUUUAUUAAAAGUCGGGCUGCGGGCGAACUCACGGAAAACCGACCCGAAUAAGGAGCUGCGCGGCUUCCGUCGAUCAACAGCACUGCGUUGACCUCUGUCUGGGCGGCCUGCUGGUGUGUCUGGUAGCGGGGCUGCAGCAGGUGGACGCGGCCGCCUCCGCGGAGAUGAUCGACUUGAACUGGAAGCCGUUCAUCUACGGAGGGAUGGCCUCGAUUGUCGCAGAAUUCGGGACCUUCCCCGUUGACCUGACAAAGACCCGCUUACAGGUCCAGGGUCAGUGCCAGUACACGGAGGUGCGCUACAGGGGCAUGUUCCACGCCCUCUUCAAGAUCGGCAAGGAGGAGGGCAUCCGAGCGCUCUACUCCGGGAUCUCUCCCGCCUUGUUGAGACAAGCUUCUUACGGGACGAUCAAGAUCGGAACCUACAACUCCCUGAAGAGGCUGUUUGUCACCCACCCAGAAGACGAGACGAUGGUCAUCAACGUCUUCUGCGGCGUGGUGUCUGGAGUCCUGUCCUCUUCUCUCGCCAACCCCACCGACGUCCUCAAGAUCAGAAUGCAGGCGCAGGGCAGUCUGCUCCAAGGCAGCAUGAUGUCCAACUUCAUGAACAUCUACCAGACUGAGGGCACCAGAGGGCUGUGGAGGGGCGUCAUCCCCACAGCGCAGCGAGCGGCCAUUGUCGUCGGGGUGGAACUUCCUGUCUACGACAUAACGAAGAAGCACCUCCUCCAGUCGGGCCAAAUGGGAGACACCAUUUUGACCCAUUUCAUCUCCAGCUUCACGUGCGGCCUGGCCGGCGCGCUGGCCUCCAACCCCGUGGACGUGGUCCGGACCCGCAUGAUGAACCAGCGGGUCUCGUCGGGAGCCCCCAUGUACAAAGGAACGAUGGACGGCCUGAUGCAGACGUGGAAGAACGAGGGCUUCUUCGCCCUCUACAAGGGGUUCUGGCCCAACUGGCUGCGGCUGGGUCCGUGGAACAUCAUCUUCUUCAUCACCUUCGAGCAGCUGAAGAAGCUCCCGUUUUAACCCGGAGCAGGAAGUGGACUUGUGAGCGACGGCGUCGCGGGCGUCGGAAGGCGUGAGCGCGGCAGCACCCCGGAGCUCAUCGCCCUCCCCGCCAGACUCAUACCAACGACGCAGCACUAUAAUUAGUCCCCCCCGCCCCCCCCCCCCCCAUCCAAAUCGUAUGUUUCUCUCCUUUCUUUUCUUUUGCAGUGUGUGUGUGUGUGUGCAUUUUAUUUAUUUUUUAUGGUCACCGGUGGUGUUUUCGUCUUGUUGCCGAUGGCGACCGCUCGCUCUCCUCCGACGCUCCACCGGGGGGCGACGAAGAGUUCUCCGACCCGACGACGGUUUUGACGAACGGGGACGACGCUUGUGAUGGUUUCGUCUCGGGGGGGGGGGGGGGAGGGGGGGGUUAAUUUCUUAAUGAAUGUCAGUUCGGACCUGCAUGAUUUACGCAGUUUUUAAAGGUCAGGUGACUUUUUUUUAUUUUUUUUAAAGUGAAUGCCGCGUGAGAUCUCUGAUCUGAAGAUUAAUAACUGACUGUUACUGAGAGGAGACUUUGAAGAGGAGGAUCAACGGUUCAUCCGUGUGGGAAAUGGAGGAGGGGCGUUAUAUUCAGAUUUUAAAAACUCACAAAGUCACAAACUAAAAGUAGCGCGCUAAUGUUCGUGGUCUUUUAUGAACAUGAAGACUGACGCGGUGCGGCCGACGUUCCAAAAGUGCACCUUUUUUGUAAACUUAUAAAAAAUCUGAGAAUCCCCCUCCUUUAUAAUAUGGGAAGUUUUACUUUCUCGUAAAAGUACGACUUUAAAUCUCAGAGGUUUGUCCGUUUUUAUUUCUCUGAAUAUUAACCCCGUCUCCCACAGCUGUGUCAUUAAUAUUUGUGUUACCUCACAUUCAAGAUGUUGAGCUUUUUUGUACGUCCGGGUGGAACGAAAAGGGGCCUGAAGUGUGUCGGGGACUCGACACUUUUUAGUGUUAUGAUCUAUUUAUUAUUCGCUGAAGUUUCACUGGCAACGAGCAGCGAUUCUGAACCAAAGCUCCACUGAGCCUCUUCCUCUUCUUGUCUUCUAUAGAUGCAUUUUAUUAUUUUCACCUCGCGGUCUGCAGCAGCGGAAGAUAAUUUAAUUAUCUGGGAACGUCGAUGUAGAGAAAAGAGAACGUUCAAAACAAGCUUUUUAAUUUGAUAACGUACGAUAAGUUCUCUGUGUAACUCAUUUAAAAUAAGUUAUAUUUGAUAUGCUGCACGUAUCAUUCAGAGUGACCUCACUCUGCAUCACCAAAGCUGUUCAUGCUUUAUUGCACUUAGUUUGUUCCAAUGAUUUAAAGGUUUUUAUUUUAUUUUAUAGUUUGCAUUUCAUAAAAUCCUCUUGAGCCCGAGUUCUCUUUCUUCUGUAAAACAUGAUAUUAUUAUUAUUAUUAUUAUUAUUAUUAUUAUUAUUAUUAUAUGACUGAUGUGUUUUCAUUAAAGCUUCACGCAGGAGGACACGUUGCUGUUCAGUCGUCUGUUUCCUGCUGACAGACUGCCAACCGUUUUGCAUUUAUUACCUCCUAGUUUGUUUAUUUGUUUGUUUGUUUGUUUGUUUGUUUUCAUCUAUGAAGAGACACUCGACAGGUUUCCUCCUUUUUUUUUUUUUUUUUUUUAAACGCCCUUAAAAUCUGCAGCUGCAGACGAUUCACUUCCUAACUUUUAUUUAUUUAUUUAUUUAUUUAUGUAUUUAAUUAACCCUGACUGCAGAAAUCCAAAAUCAAACCGAUUGUAAACGCCGCCUCAAGUCACCAAAAUGAAAAGUUAUUUCAACACAAUCCUGUUACGUUGUUUUUACAUGUUUUUUGCAUGAUGUCGCCCUCUGCUCUGAUGCCUAAUACACACUUUUUAGGCCUUUAAAUCUGCACAAUUCGGAUAUUAAUUCUCAAAUGCAGCGUUUAACGUCUCUGUGCUCCUGUGAUAUUUGCAUGUUUUUUUUUUUUUAUCUGCAAAACUCCAAAAAAAACAGCCCAAUUCACGAAUAUCAUGAAUUGGCCCGUGGACGGACACCGAGGUGCACACCGUCACUCACGUCACACGAUCCUCCAAAAUAAAAAGAUUAUUACAUAAACACAUUAUUUCUUCCUUCUCUUCCCGCAAACAAAUUGCACUCAGUGGCAGAACUUUGUGGGCGUGUUCUCGCCGUGACAUCAUCAGCCGUGACAUCAUCAGCCGUGACCUUGAGACGCAGCAGACGUACGAUUUAUACCUUUAUUCUAUGUGUUUUAUUUAUUUACGUGACACUAAAAGUAAUUGUUCUUAAAGUUCUCAAGAGUGAAGUUUAAAUUUAAAAUGUGACGCGUAAUGAUUCUGAUUCGGGUUAAACCGUCUAUUUAAAUAUAUAAUAUGAACUCAGUUUAUAGUUCAAAAUGUUUGACAUUGAAUUAAGUCUGAAAGAGAUUUUAAUUGAUAACAAACGUUCUCUGAACUGAGAAGUUAAACGUGAAACAAACCAAAUGCAUUUUGAGUCCCUCGUGAUUUAAAUUAUUCGUGUGAAUCCAUGAACGACAGGAUUGUUUCAGCCUCUGAAGCAUAAAACAUCCCGUCAGUCGUUUCUUCGGGCAUUUCAAUAACCAUAUUUAAUGUUUUAUCUAUUUUCUGAUUAUUUCUACUGUUUAUGAUCAAAUUGUUUAUUUAUUUGAGUUGUUUUGUUGAGGCACGGUUUAUUUAAUUAAUUGAACAUGUAUUGUGUUUUGAUUAUAUUAAAGGUACACUUCACCCACAAAAUGACCAUUUACAGUUAUUUGUUAUUUCAUCUUGAAUUAUUUAUCUUGAAUUAUUGAUUUUUCUCUCUCAUGUAUAAAUAAACUUGUUUUCACCAUUUUAAGGACUUUAAGGUUUGAUAAAAGAUCUGAAGUGUAUCUCAAAUGCAGAUUAAUAACCAGAUUAAGAGAACGUAUAAAAUGGUGUCAUUGCAUAUAUAUAUAGUUUAUAUCUGGUGAAUAAAAGAGGACCCAGACUAGAGCCCUGUGGUACAUCUAAUCUAGAAAUGAAAGAAGAUUAACCUGGAUGGAAAUCUUAAGCAUGUCAAGUAUUUUCCUUCAGCAACUCUUCACUUAUUUAAUAAUAAUAAUAAUUUCCGGUUCACUAUUUUAUGUUCCCCAAAAACCUUAUUAUUUUAGAGCGAGCGUAAUGAAAUAAAAUAAAAGAAAUGUUUCCACAUUUGGGUUCUUUUGAUGAACUCACAGCGAUUUGUAGAGCACGUUUAUCUUUCACGAACGAGAGCUUUCGAUUGGUCGAGAGACAGGAAGUCGUUGUUGAAUAGCAUUAACAUUUUUUAAAUGAAAAAUGUUCUUUUUACUUUCUGAAUCGGGUCGGUUUGUUUUUAAUCAAAAACAAUCAAAAUCAUUCCUCCAGACGUCGGACACAUUCAGUUUAAUUGUUUAUUAAUUCGGUUGUUUUUAAAGUUGUUCAUGCUUUGUCCCACUUUUAUAUCAAAAUGUUUUGUCUUUCUAAUUUUAAAUGAUUUUUGUAUUUUUAGAACGAUAUAUUCUAACGUACAUUUCCUCUUUUGCACUUCGGUGUCGUUGCUCUUCAACGACCUUCGAUCUCGAUGAUUUCACUUUGGGACUUUCCAGUGUUUUUGGGGCUUUAUAUCGAUUCAAUGUUCACUCAAAUAAAAUAUACGCUGUGAUUGUU